AUGCUCGUCCAAUUGUCCCGCGCCACUCGCGUCGCUUCGGCUGUCUCUCGGCUGGCGAGGCCCAGCGCCGUCCAGAUGAGGGGAUUCAUUGCCCCCACGGUCUCGCGAAGAGCCGACUUCGUCCAGGAGCUCUACCUCAAGGAGCUCAAGUCCUACAAGCCUUCCCCCGUCAAGGACUCUGACGCCCAGGGCCAGGUUCAGACCUUCUCCAUCCCCCAGACCCCUAAGUCGCCUGAGGAGACCGACCUCGCCGCCAGCCUGAAGGAGUACGAGAGCAUGGCCGUCGAGGUCGAGGGCCAAGAUGCCUCGGCCGUCGCCGCCAACGGCGAACCCGUCAAGCACGACUGGCUCAUGAUCGAGGAGGACGAGGAGGAGCCUCACCACUAG